CAACGCUCGAUGUCUCAUUCCACCACGAUCAAGACUGCCGGGAGGGGGUUUCUGUUGAACAGCACACAGCAACCAUUUCAUUUGGAAACUUGAACGGAAUUUAUAUUUAUACCAAACAUCGUCUUUUUAUUUAUUUAAAGAAAACGUUAUCGUCUAACUAACUUUAUAGGUAACCACUGUCUCAAGAUCGUAAUUUGUACAGAAAAGUAAAGCUAAGUUAUAGCCGGCCGUGCUAACAAAGAAAAUCCUUUCUCUUCAGAAAUAAUCCCCACUACUCUCUUUAGUUAUGAGUCAUGUGGUCGUUGAUAAUCCACACGGUCUAGAUCAGCAGCUUGCUGCCCUAGACUUGAACUCUGCUGACGGACAAGGCGGAGGAACUGGCAGGCGUUACAUUCCACCUCACUUGAGAAACAAAGAUGCUUCUAAAAACGGAAAUGCUUAUUCCGCUGGUAGACAGUGCGGUUAUUCAGUGGCACCAAUAAAUCUCUGUUACCCAAGACUGACUUCUCAAGAGCUUGCCUUUUACCAUGCCUACAGUGGGGGUUGGCGAAACAGAUGUGGUAUACCUAGACCUCCACCUGCAUGCCAUGUCAUCUACUUGUCAGCAGAGUUUCAUAGUGUAUAUAGCUGAACACCAGGCACAAUCAACAUGCCUUUGCUUUGUCGUGGUCACUUGGGGAAAAAGCUGCAGAAAUCUGGCCUAACACAGCAUUCGUCAAAGCUUGCAAAUGAAGUUGCUUAUGAUGCAUGGUGCCUUAAAGACUCUGCACUGCAUCACUAGUGUGACUGUCUUACUAAUAAGAUGUCAGGUGUGAAAGAAUUGUUCAAGACGUAUACUUCUUUGCAUUGUCUUACUAAUCAUGCCCUUUGAACGUGUUUCAGUUGCAGACAUGAAAUCAAAGCAGGGAUUUUAUUUUGCCAGGAAACUGAGCCUAAUACUUCUACAUUGACAUAAUUAAAUCCCACUCAUUAAUAAGAAGUCUGUUCUUUCUUUGAGCUGUCUGUGUCCACCUGAGACAUACUAUUGAAAAGUCCCAAGUGGGAUUGUUGAACAAUGUGCUGAGAACCUGAAUGCAUGCAGGCAUUUGAUUGCUCUAGGUGAUUUCAUUGAUUAGUU